ACUGAGUACUGACACAGGAGAGUUGUCACUUGUCAGUUGUCAUUGCUUUGGUUGUCAAUAAUGGUAGUUUGGUUGUUAAUGUAAAAAAUAAAUAAUAAAUUAAUUUCAAACUUUAUUUGUGAUUUAACAAUAGGAAAAACGAGGAAAAAUAUUUCUUAUUGAAGCCCUAAGCUCACUUUAACUAAUACUAAAACGGUAUUAUAGCCAGAACUCUGCACCAUGGAAUCAUCAAAAGUUAACAAACCUAAGAAAGUUGGCAAUUUGGUGAGUCGCUGGUUCACGAGGUACCUGCUGUCGACGGAGCUGUACAUGGUGGAGCCCUGGGAGAAGGUGUUCAUACAUGUGGUGUUCGCGAUGGUGUUCGGCGCGCUCUGGUACUUCAACCACGCCAUCAUCGUGCACGUGAUCGCGCACGUCAGGGACUCGCCCCUUGUCCCACGCUUGUAGGUACUGCUUAGCGUGGCCGGAGCCAGGGGGCUUCCACUAGACGGGGUCAAUACCUGGUUGGUUAGUGGAAUUUCACCUUUCAAUAUGAUAACAUAAACGCGCUCAGCCGUAACAAACUUGUAUGUUUUAAAGCACCGUCCCCCCCCCCCCCCCCCCGUCCCCGUCCCCCGCCCCCCGCCCUGGCUACGGCCACGUUUGUUAGGCGCCUACCUACUUUGUUAGCUCUUAUAAUGUUACGUUAUGCAUAUUCUAUUCUGAUGUUGUAUUAAUAAAAUUUCAAAGUAA